AUGUCGCCACAUUUGCUGUUUUCUGAAAUUGUGCAGUAUUGCCAGAACAGGGUGUAUACAGUUCCAGAGCUUCAAAACAAGCUGUCAGAGCUGGGUCAGCAUGUAGGCAAUCACCUGCUGGACGUUCUGUUCCUGCGAGAGCGUGGCUUUAAACGUGAGACUAAACACCUCAACAUGCUUCUCUUCAUCAAGAGGACUUUCUGGAGGGUCAGUAGUUUAAACUGUGCUUCUUUCACUGCGGGAAUAAUAGAGGCAGUGUUGAAUGGGGCAAACUUUCCAGCCAAGGUUACAGCCCACUACCACAAAGGCACCACGUUCAUGAUCAAGUUUGACGAGUCAGUUAUUGCUCGUGACAAGCUCCUGGAUGGAAAGUAAAAUGAAUAGUGCAAUAUUUUGUUUCAUAUGAACAAUCAACACACUAUAAAUAACUUCACAGUAAUUAUGCAUGGUAUAUAUGUUUUGUACCAUAUUUUAGAUGUGGACACUUCUUUGUGAUUUCUUGUUGUUUAUAAGUAAUGUAAUUUUAUAUGGCACUGUGUGUUUGGUUGAUUAAAGAACAAUGUAUGAAGCAAAAUGAUAUUGUUGUGUCAGUGUGCCAUUUUUGUUAAAGUUUGUUUAAGAAAUGUUUCUAUACUUUAAACAAAGUUAGUUUUUAAAUUGAAAAUUGAUGUAUAUCUUUGUCAUCCACCUGAGCAUCAAGUUCAACACUCCAAUGUGUCUGUUUUGUAUUUUGACAAGGACUGACCAUUUAAGCCUCGUUCUGAGAAAUAUGGUCUUAAUGCAUGUGCGUUAAGUGUCAUCCUAGAUUUGCCUGUGCAGUCUGCACAGGCAAAUCGGGGGCAACACUUUCGGCUUUUUUGGUAUUUUUCGUUUAAAGGAAGAUUCUUCUAAGGGAAAGUCUAGUUUAGAUAAAGUGUCAUGCCUGAUUAUCAAGUGCGGAUUGCACAGGCUAAUCUGGGAUGACACUUUACGCACAUGCAUUAACCCUUUGAGUGCUGGAACCGGAUUUUGAAGGCAUUGCAAACAGUUUGGAUCCAGAUGAGACGCCACAGAACGUGGCGUCUCAUCAGGAUCCAAACUGUUUGCUAUUCUGAUAGUCUUCUUUGAAAAAAUCGAAGAAAAUGCUAAUUUUAGAAAUUAAGCAGACAACAUUUUAGCAGACAACAAAUUUCCCAGCAUGCAAAGGGUUAAACCUCUUUUUUCCAGAAGAAGGCUCAUUUGAAGCUUGUGUUUCAUGUCGUAAGAUAAUAACACCCAAUGAAUGACAAAUUGACAUUAAACAUUACAUGGACAUUGCUGGGAAAUUUGCUUUACUGUGUUUUUAUAUUCUUAUUUAUAAAAAAAAGAUAAAAUUCUCUGGACUAGUUUGCUGUCUUUUACUCUUGGUAGAGAUUUGACUAUGAUUUCAAUAUCA